AUGAGGAAACUGUGUCCGAAUUAUGAGAAGGUGAAUGGGUUGGAGACGGUGCUGGAGGUUCCUAUUCCGGAGGACAUGUGGACCAGCAUUGGCAGCACCGCCUCCAACCGCUGGCUGAAUCUUCGUGCUCUCUUGAGAGCUCAAAUUAAUUCCAAUAAAACCUCCUCGUCGUCGUCGUCAUCGUCAUCGUCAUCGUCGUAUCUCGUUGCUUCCUCCAACAACGAAUUCAUCGACUUGCUUAAGCUCGUUGGUUGUCCCCUCAUCCCUCUUCAGGUUCAAUCCGAUCACACCCUAACUCGUCCCCUCAAAGAUGCUUCUUCCAUCGAAGCUUCAAGUGCCAAAUAUAUAGUGCAGCAGUACAUAGGUGCGAUUGGAGGAAUGGUUGCAAUGGAUUCGCUGAAAAGCAUGUAUGCAGUGGGACAAGUGAGAAUGUUUGGUUCGGAGAUGCGUCAAGGAGGUGAAAACAUCAAACCAAAAGGCAAGGCUGAAGUAGGGGGUUUUGUGCUGUGGCAAAAGAACCCAGAUUUGUGGCACUUUGAAUUGAUUGUCUCUGGAUUCAAGGUAAGUGCAGGGAGUGAUGGCAAGGUAGCAUGGAACCAAUCUUCUUCUCAACUUUCACAAGCCAACCAAGGUCCCCCUAGACCCCUUCGCCGCUUCUUUCAGGGGCUGGAUCCAAGGUGUACAGCUAACUUGUUCAUAGACGCAGUAUGUGUAGGAGAGAAAACAAUAAACAAUGAGGAUUGUUUUACACUCAAGUUAGAGACAGCACAUAACAUCCUCCAAGCACUGAACACGUCCCAUACAGAAAUUCUAAGACACACAGUGAGGGGAUACUUUAGCCAGCGCACGGGGCUACUAGUCAAAUUCGAGGAUACAAAGUUGGUAAGAAUGAAACAUGCUAAGGGAAAUGACUCGGUUUUCUGGGAAACAAGCAUGGAGUCUGUGAUUGAGGACUAUAGGUGUGUGGAUGGCAUUAACAUAGGUCAUGGUGGCAAGACAGUGGCCAUCUUAUAUAAGUACGGUAUGGCGCAUAAUCACCAGCGAAAGAUUGAGGAGACAUGGAGGAUUGAAGAGGUUGAUUUUAACAUUUGUGGCUUGUCCAUGGAUUGCUUUUUGGCCCCCUCUGAUCUCAAGAAGGAACAACAUGGUGUAGUGUAGUAGGAAUGAGCUAGGAUUCUCCUUUCUUUUUGUCCUCAUUUUCAUUCUUACAGCUUGUCAACUGAAAGAAAAUUUGAUGUACCUAUUACGUAGAUAGGCAUAACUGAAUGUAGAAAGUCUGAUGCGGUUCUAGAUUUUGUGAAGUUCCUUGAUUCAAUUUUUAUCAGGUAGUGACAUAAAAAUGAGAAAAUGAAUUUCAAGGAUUUGUCAUUAAGAA